AUGUGUGCUGCGAAGAAGCCACCGGAUCGCAAUUUCCUCUGUUUAGACUACACCGACGACGUGCUUGACCGACAUGUCUACAGUCGACACAGUGCAGCAGCAGGUGGUGAGACUAAAGCCGCGACCUCGCUGGUCGAGGCCCUAGCACUGCUGGGCCAGCGGACGGGUUUCCGUGACCGACCGACGCCUGGCGCCAUUCGUCGCGAAGCACUCUUGCAAGUAGACCGACAUGGUUACUCUAUAAAUGAGCGAAUGCGGCAUGCCGAUCAUCGUAACCCCAACACAUAUGGCGGUUACUACCAAAAUGCUAUUUCGACGGUGGAUGGGCAAGCCACUUACUUUGGACUGGAGCAGCAACUGCCCGUGCUGCACGAGCUCUUCCGCGGAUUCUCUAUUCGACGUGACUAUCAGUACCGGCCAGAAGUGCCAUGGCGGCUCCGGAAACAAAUCAGCGAUGUGCCGCCCUCGAUUGAGGGCGACAAUGGGAUGGUUGACCAGCGAGCACGACAAAAGCGAUACGAUGACCGUCGCCAGCAGCGGGACACCGUAUUGCGCACUGACCAACAGUCCCAAGCCAAGAAAGCGAACACGUCGGCUGAUUGUGUCUACGAAUCCGAUUUCCAGCAAGCCCGACGCCUGAUGCCGGAGCGGGACCGACUUGCCGAUGGCCUCUUCCAGGUUGGAUCAUUGAGAAAUGCUCAAGGGAUCGAGCUUAUGAAUGACCUGGUGACACUGUUCUCCUCUCGGAGAUCUGAGACCUACUGUGUCGAACUCAACAGUUCUCGGUCACACUGUGAUACUUGCGGCAUCGCACGCCCGGGUAGCACCAGCCAGGAGUGGUGGCGUCACGUUUACCACUGUCGCAAGGAACGAUUCGAACGAGUCGGCGGGUUCACGGACUUCUGCUUCUUCUGUUUUGCUUGGAUAGACCAUGUCGAUGCAUGGGCUAGGCACGCCACUCAGCACAGCCACGACGUACCUAUGAAAUGCAAUAUGGCCAUGUUCCGCGGUACAGUGCUCCGCCCAGCGUGGUGUCCAGAUUGUAUGAGCCAGACGGGACGCCCGGGCUCGGAUGGCAAAGGCCUGACACAGUUCUUCAAUGUGACUGCCUGGAAAUCUCACAUGGAUCAGCAUGUCCAUGAGCUUCGGCCUGGGCGCCACAAGUGUUCGCAUCCGCGCUGCCUACAUCUACCAAGCUGCGCAUCAAUCGUCGACUACAUUGCCCAUCGAUUUGACGUCCAUCUCAUCCCUGUACCAGAUGGCGCUGUGGACGGCACAGCUCCAGCUAAGACGAAUCACAAAGACCAUGCUGCUGAGACGGCGCUCCGAGGGGCAACGCACCUCGAGCACUCGAUUAGAACACCAUCUCCUCAGCCGCAUGAAGCUUAUUCCACCGAUUCGACUCGGGCAGUCAAUCGCUCGCAUUCAGAAGCUUCAUCGCCACGUCAAGGGUUCGGAAGCUCGAUCGUUGCGAAAGAGAGGGGCGUGAGCAGCGGCAUUGGUGGAGAUAGAGCUUCCACCACUUUGGACAUGUCAUCCAACCCAGACUACGACCAAGCUCAUCAGAGUAAGGCAGGCCAGUCUGCAGCAGCGCCAAACAGGCUCUCAUCGUCGGUAUCGUUAACGUCUGUGUCAUCCUGUGGCCAGCUCGGAUCGACUGAGUCUCCGACGAAUCAUCGUCGACAAUCUCGGUCAGGCUUAGGAGGCAUGCCACCCUACAACGUCGAACCUGGGCCUACUACCAUCGAGAUUCUCAUUCCACCUAAACCUCCAGGCUGGCAGGAUGUGCCUCUUGUCAGCUGCACUGGGUGCGAUGAUGAGUCCACGGGUGUAGACACUCCCUGCGACGAAGUCUCUUCAGAAUAUUCUUCGGGUGAGGCGAAGGUAGCUCGUGCUGCGCGGAUCUCCCCGCCUACAUCGUGCUCACCGAAGCACUUGAUGUAUUCGAGGAACCCACGGAUCGCUACUGCAACAGGUACAAGUAGCAGAAUUCUUGACAGUGCGAAGAUCUCUAACAAAGUCAUGCGAAGGAGACAGGCUAUCAUCGAAAUGCAUGCCCGCAUUAGAGACCGGUGUAGAUCACGCAUCAAGAGAGCUGCGAGGGCUUCUGCGUAG